AAAACCAAUGUAAAAGAAAUAGAAUAUACAAUAACACUACCUGAACUGAAAUUUCUCUUUUCUUAGUAUUUUUAGAUAAACCAACAACUUUAAGUAUCAUAGCACCAAUAGAGGAUGUAUUUUCUACUAUCAAUACUACUUCAUUAUUUACCAUCAUAUUAUCUAAUACCAUAAAAUUACAUUAUUUUGCUCUUCCCUUUCAAUUCUAUGAAUACUGCUACUUUCUAGAAUUAAUGGUUUCUAUGUAGAAUAACUAUACCCUUAUUCCUUCUGUUAGUUUUGAAUUUUUCUUGGCAAAAUAAUCAGGUUACAAAAAAUGUAAACAAAAGCAUUAUGGUUGCUGUUGCACCUGUAACUCUCACACUUUUUUAUAAGAAAAGUGGCCCUAGCUCUUAUCUUCCAGAACCAUAUAUUGCAUAGUGACUUAGUAAGUCAUUAUACAAUAUACCUGUAAUCAAAUAAUAUAGGAGUCAGCUGACAUAUCUUACAUAACUCACAGUUGUAGGUUAUAUGUCAUGCAUAACUUACAGGUAUAAGUCAUCAGGGUUAGGGUUUACCAGUGGAGGACUAUAUAAGGAGGUCAACCUAACUAGUUAAUUAGUUCCUUAUUCAUCUAAGUAGUAGUUACUACUAGAUCCUCUAUAAUAUAUUCUUUAUACUAUAACUCUCUUAUAAUAUAUAAUGUCCAAGUCUGUAUUAUACAAUCUGAUACUACUACCAUGACUUGAAUAAGCUGAAUACAUGUACCUGCAAUUUAUGGGUAUGUGACUUCAAUGUAGGUUAAGAACUACUAAAAUUUUAGAAGAUUGUUUAUUUCCUAUCAAUACUAUACAAUACUAAAAAGAGCAAUUGUUACACCUUUAGAGAAAUACAGAAAUGGAGAUUUUUAUAUUAUAAAACUGGAAAGAAGGUUUGUUUAUCAGGUAGAUUCUAUUGGAUUUCUGAGAAGUACUCAAUUUAAACAUUUUACUUUAUAUUGAACAGGUUAUCACUACUGUUUCGUGGCCACUUUUCAUAAAAAUGUUAAACCGGAAUUAACUCAAAACCAAAAUCAAUAAAAGAAUUGGAAUAGAAAAAAGAAAAGCAAAAAUGACGGAAAAAAAAUGACGGAAGAAAAAGACCAGAAAAAAAACUCUUAUGGAUCACCCUCACAGCACAAACCAUCCAGGGACAUCACCGAUAUCAGAAAGGAAAGCUUCUCACACAGCCCGACGAAUCCAAUCAGCCAACCCCUCCCCCUCCCUACGAAUUCCCCGACACCUCUGCUCCUCUCCCAGAUAUCAUUUGUGGAAGUGGAACCUUAUAUUCUCACAUACACCGAAAUCCCUGCCCCUACCCCCAACCCAUCGAUCCCAGUACCUUGUCCCACCGGAAUCAACUGAUACGAUCGAUCUAUGGCUUUCGUUUUAUGAAUCGUACGAAACGAUUCUCCUUCCGAAGGUAUUUCCCAGCAGUCUUGGGGUGGAUCGGAAGCCCGGACUCCUUGACGAGCUCUUGCAAAGUGGCCCGAGGAUGGGCAUCAGAUAGUCGAACCAGUCUCAGCUUAUCCCUCUCAUCAAGUUUCGACUUCAUGCCACGUCUGCUGUGAAUCUGUGGGAUGAUAUCGUCGUCCACCGUAAACCGGCGCCAAAUGUUUGCCGCCUGGGACUUUGAAAUCCCGGUCUCUCGUUCGAUAGAUCGAUAGCUAUGGCCAGCACUCCUAAGCUCUAUAACCUUAACUCUCUCGGGUAAUGUUGCUUCGCGUCGUUUUCCAUCUGGCUCUCGUGGCAUGAUGGCUUGGGCUGAGUUUUUUGUGUGGAUACUGUGGAGUUUUUCUGUGCGGAGUUCCUUUGUGCGAUGGUGUUGUAAGGCUCUGUCGUUCAGCUUUCCUGUCAUUUGGGUUCCCCUAUUGUUCCCAGCCGCCAAGCCGCCACGAAAGCCAGAACUCUGAUGCGGUGCCACUGCCUUGCUCUCCCUCGCAACCAUCGAAAGACAAAACCAUCCCCAAACCAACCAAGCAAUAUUCCCUCCAAACAAGGGGUUGAAGAAAAAGAUCGCAACCAUACAACUGUCGCAGCCAUACCCAUUCACCUGGUUAGCCUCCCCACACCCCGUUCAUUUCAGGUACAGCGAUAAUGGACCACCACCCGCGUCCAUCGCCACACCCUCAACGCGUUUCCCAUGGCCAAGGCUACGGUCCGCCGCCCACCGCCGCACGCAGAGGUCCAGGCCCCAUGCUUGGAAACACUGCGGUGCCGCACCAAACUGCGCUCUCGCAGCAGCAAUUACACCAGCAGCAUCAGGCAGCGAUGGCUGAACGAGACUUAGCGAAGAGGCGCGCGAGGAAGCCGACGGACAAGACGAUCCCCGACGGCGUCGAGGAAAUUGUUCCCAAUGUGGCGCUUUAUAAGGAACUUAGGGAUAUGGAGAGGAGGUACGAUGCGACGAUUCUAAGGAAGAGGUUGGACGUGCAGGAUGCGGUUAAUAGGAAUGUCAAGGUUUGUCCCCCUCGAAAGAGAAUUAUGGGGAGGGUAGAACUUAUGGGGAACCAUGGUAGAAUUACAAAACCCUUCGGAUAUUCAUUUCCAAUAGUGCAAAAGACCAGCCAUGGCAGAACGCUAAUAGCCCGCUGGAUGAAAACGCAUUUGAUUUUGACACCGGCCAGAUUCCGACAUUCCGCCUGAGAAUUGAAGGCAGACUCCUCGACGACGAGGAAGACGAUGCAGCAGAAAUUGAUCCAGACUCCGACCUCAAUCUCGAACCCACACCCGGUUCCGCAGAUCCCAUCCAGCCGCCCAAGAAGAAAUUCUCUCAUUUCUUCAAAGGGAUCACCGUCGAGCUUGACAGAAACAAGGAUAUCCACCCGGAAGGCAACAUUAUCGAGUGGAGGAAACCUGCGCCGAAUGCGCCGCCAAGCGCGGUCCCCCAGGGACCGCUGGAAUUUGACGGGUUCGAAUUUGAAAGGAAGGGCGACGAGAAUGUUAAUUGCACCAUCAAACUUAUCCGAGAUGAGGUUCCAGAUAGAUUCAGAUUAAACCCUGCUCUCGCAGACUUGCUAGAUACGAAGGAGGAUACCCGUGCGGGUAUAGUCAUGGGGAUCUGGGAAUACGUACGGAUCAAUGGCCUCCAAGAUCCCGACGAGCGGAGAACCAUCAAUUGUGACGAGAAUCUGAAAAAGGUUCCCACCCACCCCCCUUCCCACCAUUCUACAACCACUAACAUUACAAAAAAACAGAUCUUUGCCCAAGACCGCCUCUACUUCCCCCAAAUCCCCGAGCUAACCCUCGCCCACAUCCUCCCACUGGAGCCCAUAUCAAUAACCUACACCAUCCGCUGCGACGUCCCACAGCACUUCUCCCCCGCAGUGUACGAUGUGACCGUCUCCGUUGAUGACCCCAUCCGGGCCAGAAUGAGCGCGCUCCUCGCCUCCCCCUCGAACCUCCAGGGCCUGCGCGAGAUCUCCACGAUCGACGAGAAUAUCGCGCUGCUUGUCCAGAGUGUCAAUCACUCCAAGGCGAAACGCGACUUCUGGCACGCCAUGAGCGUCGAGCCGGCCGGCUUCGUGAAGCGCUGGGUCAGCUCGCAGAAGCGGGAUCUGGACACCCUCAAUGGAGAGGGCAUUGGAGUCGGAGUGGAGGACGAGGAGAUGAGGCGGAAGGAGUUCUUUGAUAAGGUUGGGGAGAAUGUGUAUCUCCUGUUGUCCAGGCAGGCGCAGAAACAGCAGUAG